GGGUGUGGCUCGUACGUGACGUAUGACGUUUUCUGGUCGGCCUGACCAAUCGGAGGAUACUUCGACGUAUUCGACGUUACGAAAAGCUGGAGGACGUCUGAAUGUGUAAAUCCAGCAGUAGAAUCAGGUAUGGAGGCUCAUAAUAAAACCCCAGUGGUCCUGCUGUCCUGCGGCUCCUUCAACCCCAUUACCAACAUGCACCUGAGGAUGUUUGAACUGGCUCGAGAUCAUCUGGAAGGCUCAGGUCAGUACACGGUGGUAAAGGGAAUAAUCUCUCCUGUGGGCGACAGCUACAAGAAGAAAGGGUUGAUUGAGGCUACCCAUCGUCUGGAGAUGGCCAGACUGGCCACAGAGAGCUCAGACUGGAUCACUGUGAACUCAUGGGAGAUUGAUCAGCCACAGUGGUUGGAAACGGUAAAAGUUCUCAGGCAUCACUCUGAGGAACUGCGUGCUGUGGGAAAGAAAGGUGACGAGGUGGACUUGGAUAAGUACGGCAAAAAGAGACGCGUAAGCAGGAGUCGUCUUUCAUCGUCACCACAGCUACAGAGAGUCGUUCCACAGGUGAUGAUGCUGUGUGGGGCUGACGUUCUUGAAUCUUUCGGGAUCCCCAAUCUGUGGAAGCCGGAAGACAUCGUAGAGAUUGUGGGUCGCUACGGUGUGGUCUGCAUCACCCGCAGUGGCAACAACAUCCACAAGUUCAUCUACCAAACAGACGUGCUGUGGAAGCUGUGCCGAAAAAUCCAUGUGGUCCAUGAGUGGGUAACCAAUGACAUCUCUGCUACACAUGUGCGCCGGGCCCUUCGCCGUGGUCAGAGUGUCAAGUACCUGGUCCCAGAUCCCGUGUUAAGCUACGUUCAGGAGCACAACCUCUACAGCUCAGAGAGUGAGAAUAAGAAUGCUGACGUGGUUUUAGCUCCUCUUCAGAUUAAUUCUGGUGCCUCGUUGAUCGCAGUUCUUUUUCCUCGCCGCUGGGGAGUCAAAAUGCCUGCCAGUCUGUGUGGCACCUGGGACAUCAUCAGCAAUGUCAACCUUGAGGGUUACAUGAUAGCACUGGGCAUUGGCCCGUUUUUACGGAAGAUUGCUGUAAGGGUGAAGAUGCGGAAGGUGAUUGAGCAGCAGGGAGACCAGUACAUCAUCAAAACGAUCAGCUCCUUCCGAAAUUACAAUCUCACCUUCAGAGUGGGUCAAGAGUUUGAGGAGUUCACUUGGGGACUGGACGGCAGACACGUAAAGACGGUGGUGACGUGGGAGGGCAACAAACUAGUGUGUGAACAGACCGGAGAGAAGAAAAACCGCGGCUGGACUCAUUGGAUUGAAGACAACAAACUGCAUCUGGUGAGGAUGACAAUAAGUCAUUAUUAAAACGUUUUUUCCUUU